AUGCCCAAGGCAAGAUACGAAUGUGAACUUUGCCACAAACCGCUGCGAAAUUUGGGAGAUGCAAAAAGCGUCCAUGACCGCACUUGCCCGGGCUUCAGAGCAUUGCACAUUCAAUCCGUUGCACAUGUGCAUCAGCGACUGGCGGCAGCGGCGGCGCAAGUGUCAGUAGUUCCACAGGCGCUUACCCCGACAGUUGAUAUGCAGAUGCAAAUAGAAGAACCACCUCCGGAGCCUCAAAAGUAUCGCAAGAGUGGAUUACCACAACGGCGUUGUCGUGUUCCCACAAAGUUCAACGACGCUGCUCCUCCUUUACCCCCUCGUAUACGCCACCAGUAUACGCUUGUGUCUUCAAGUGAGCCUGAGCCAGAAGCUCGGCCUUUGCCACAACCUACUCCUCCGCAUCGACCUCUUCCAACAUGGGUCCAAACUCAACCCAAUCUAUUCGGUUUAUACAAGGUCUAUCCGCGGCGUCCCACACACGACCCCGACAAAAAUGUCACUCUUGAUGACUUAUAUCUCGCGCCACAAGACACCGAACUCAACGUUGACGCAUUACCUCUUCCCAAAGAGCCGUGGUUUUAUCCAUUUCCUAACGCGUCCGUAGCGCACAUGAUGAAAUACCAUGUCGAAGAAGAAAACCCUGGCUCCAUUUCUGGAUUUGACCGCCUUGUCCACAAUAUCCUUCAGCCAGACGAUGAAGCCGACUCCGAUGGAGUCAAUUUGGCCGAUCUCCCUCGCCCCUUCUCCACCAAAAAGUUUCUGGAUGAUCUUGAUAGGAAGGGAGUGGAGCCUCUUGGGGUUUCAGACAAGUGGAUUGAGGGCAGUGUGAAGCUCAAAUUGCCGUGUGUUGGACGACUGCAGGAGGAAACCAAUGCCCCUGAGUUCAUCGUAACCAAUAUCCAUUAUCGUCCCCUCCUCGACCCUAUCAAAGAGGUACUCCAAGGACCUUUAUUCGGAAAACUACACACCACUCCAUUUUCUCUUCGAUUUGACCCAACAUACGAUUCAAGAUCACCGGAUACCGUUUCUCUGAGCGACCCCGACUCUCCACUAAACUCCUAUGGGCUCCCCGACGUUCCUCACAGCCACGAAGAAGUAUUCGGCGAAAUUUAUACUUCCGCGGCGAUGCUCGAGGCUUACCAGAGUCUUCCUCAGCCUCCGCCUCCCCAAUCGCCUGAUGAUCCAGUAGAAAGCAUGAUAAUGGCCAUGAUGGAGUGGUCGGAUGCUACCCAUCUUGCCCAAUUUGGUGCAGCUUCUCUGUGGCCGGGGUACACGUUCUUUGGAAACCAUUCCAAAAGCUUUCGAGCCAAGCCCUCCUCCAAUGCCGGUUUCCAUCAAGUUUCACAGCUUCCAGACUCGAUUCGUGAUGCGUAUCGUCAGCAAUAUGAUUGCGAUAUGCCCGACGAGGUUCAUACUCACCUGAAACGGGAACUAAUUCAUCGAAUAUGGGAACUAUUGCUUUCGGAAGACUUUAUGGACGCUUACGACAAUGGCAUAAAGAUUCGGUGCUGGGAUGGCAUUGUUCAACUCGUUUUCCCUCGCUUGUUCAUCUAUGGUGCUGACUAUCCCGAAAAAGUUCUUUUGGCUACAAUCAGAAGCUUGGGCGGCCAUCCAUGCCCUCGGUGCUUUGUUGCUAAGGCACAGAUCGCGGAGACAGGCACUGUGAAUGAUAUGAAGCGCCGACAAGUCCUCCGAGUGGAUGACCAUGCUCGACGGCAAACUAUUGAAGACGCACGCAGAGCCAUCUUCCGAAGUGGUCUUCCCGUUAUAAAGGGCUCGAUCGACAAGAUGUUAAAGGAUAAAUCCUGGGUUCCUGUGCGGGUAAUUUCAUUCUUGUCCGUGCUGUCGCUUCUAUUCACUCGGAGACAGAAUGCGUUCACUAAGCUCAAUACGGAGAAAACACCCUUCAAUUUUUAUACCUUAUUUGUCCCCGACUUAUUGCAUGAGGUGGAACUUGGAGUAGCUAAAGCUAUCAUCACACAUCUGAUUCGUAUGCUCCAAACGUUCAAGAACGUUGACGAGUUUGACCAGCGAUUUCGACAAGUUGAGACAUUUGGUCGUUCUGUUAUACGCGCCUUCGGUCACAACGUUUCGGGCAUGAAAUAUGCAGCGGCCAGGGACUUUGAAGAUGUGCUACAGUGCAUUCUGCCGGUCGUUGAUGGCAUAUUUCCAAUGCAUCAAAAGCUGGUGGACCAGCUCUGUUUUGAGCUGGCCAUCUGGCAUGGCUAUGCGAAACUCCGAAUGCACACCACCACAACUAUCCAGCUUUUCCGAACCGCAACCACCGACCUUCUAACAACGAUUCGACGAUUCGCCCGAGAAACUAUCGAUGUGAAAACUUAUGAGUUACCUCGGGAGGAGCGCCAACGGACAAAGAGAGCAUCGAAGGCUGCCGCUGCCGCUACAAUGGAGCCCGUUGCAUCAGCGGCGACCUCAGCACCAGCCGUUGUGAUGAUCCCCGUUCCACUCUCGACAUCUCCCGGGCCUUCAACAGUCGCAGUCAUCGGAGCCACAACUGAGCAAAGCCCAGUACCCAACACUAACCAGAAACCGAAGGCCAAUCCGAAAUCCAAACCGAAAGCGAAAUCAAAAGCGAAAUCAAAAGCGAAAGCACCAGCCGAACCUUCCGAGUUGCCCAACGCCAAACUCUCGUCAGCAGCGAAGACUCCUCAACCUAAAAAGGACAAAAUAGAAAAGCCUUUUAAUCUCAUUACUUACAAGCUACACUCUCUGGCGGACUAUCCUGACACAAUAUUGCGUUUCGGAACAACAGAUUCCUUCUCGACCCAGAUUGGGGAGCUUGCGCACCGACUAGUCAAACAUCUUUAUCGACGAACCAAUAAACGAGACCACGCCCGACAAAUCGCAAAACAUGAGCAUCGUCGUAGACUGAUGAGAGCUAUGUGGGAGAGGCGAAUUCCCAUGUUGGAGGCGCCUGCAUCAACCCUACGGCCCCAGCCUAACAUGGCUUAUGGAGCCUACGUUCCACCGGAACAACACCACUACAUUUCCGACUCAAGGAGGACUUCCUGGAAUCUCUCGGACCUGGCAGAAAUCGAGCUCGAUUCAGAUACGGGUAGCGACUCGGAUGGGCCACCUUUGGAACGCAUGGACGUCGACCAAAAUGCUUCCGACCCUGCACUUCAAGACUUCACGCUCAAGCUCAAAUCUCAUUUCCGGCAGCGACUACUUCAAAUUGAUGACCCCGACAUUCAGUUUGGUCCAGACGAUUUGUUGAACGUCAUCGUGGAAAAAGAUUUGCUCAGGCUCUAUACCCAUGCGACCAUGAAGGUCAAUUAUACGACCUAUGAUGUUCGGAGGGAUCAGGACAUGCUGAACCCACGUACUCGAAGAUUCUUCAUCGUACGCUCUCAAGAUGAAGUGGACCCUCACCCUUACUGGUACGGCGAAAUUCUUGGAAUCUUUCAUGCUCAUGUGUUACUGGCGGAUCACCCCGCAAAAGCAAAACGCAUUGAAUUUCUAUGGUGUUUACCUCGUCUUCACUACAUGUCGCAUGAAGAUCCCAACGCAUUCGGAUUUCUUGAUCCUCAGGAUGUUGUUCGGGGUACUCAUUUGAUUCCCGCCUUUUGCCAUGGGGAAACGACGGACUAUCUUCCCACCAAGUCGGUGGCGCGUCACGAGUCUCGCAAAGACCUGGAUUGGCGAUACUACUAUGUCAACUUGAUGGUGGACCGAGACAUGAUCAUGCGCUACCAUAGCAAUGUUGUCGGUCAUCGUAAUAUUGUUCCCAACGUUCAACACCAUGACCCAGAUCCAAUGGAGCCAGAUUCUUCUUCAAGUGCUAUACCUGAUAUCGAUAUCAACACUACUGAAGCCGCCAUUAUUGGGGGAGAGGAAGAGGAGGAUGAACAACAGGAAGAUGCAGAUUGGCGGGCAGAUGCGAGGAUAGAUUCUGAUAGUGAGGAUGGUGGUGAAGCCGAAGACGAGCCUUUGACUCCUCACGGUGGCCUCUCACUUGUCGACCGUGUUAUAUGUCGGGAAUUUGGGGCUGUGGGGUAUAGCGAACGACAUCUCACUGCAGUCUUCUCGGGUGAUCGCUCUGCAGUGCGCAGAGCUCUGAAAAAUCGCACGGUCCUCAGCUCCAAAGCAGUCAACGCCCGACCGAUUGAUGACCUCGACGACGAUGCUCGUAUUCUGGAGAUGCCAGAAACUGUGAAGCAGUAUAAACAAAUCUAUCGCUUGUUAAAGGAAACUCGUCCUAUCAAAGACAAACCAUCUCUCAAGAAGAAUAAGAAAGCGCUUGAUAACUCUGCAAAUGGCGGCGGCGAUUCCACGAACGACAAUGGCAGCGGCGAUCCCACGAAGGACCGAUUCACCAACGUAUGA